AAGCGGCGCGCGGCGCGCGGUCCCCGGAACCAACAGCGCAGCGAAGGGGUCCUGCACGUACCCGCGCGCAGCCAGGGAACUCUUGCUGAGACCGCUGCUGUCAUUGGUACUCUGUACUGCUCCCGCCCGCCGCUCCCGGCUCCGCGGGCCCAUGGCCAGGAGAAACUCAGGAACGGCGUCCGUCACAGUCGUGAACCGCCCGGCUGUUCGCCUAUACGGAUCUCACGUUCCUCCGUAUGGAAAAACUACCCCUCCUCCUGGUCACCCCGCCCGUGUGCGAGUUACGUCACUUCCGGGAAGAGUGCGAUUCUCCAAUCAGGAUUGAGGAGGGUGUUACUUGUCCUAAAGUUCAACUGCGAAUGACCUUUCUUUGAUUCUCCGGAUUACGUUUCCUCAAGAAGACAUCUUGCUACCUCUGUGACAACGUGUGUAGGGGAGCUCGGGCUGUCACUUUUCUUCAACGCUUUCAGUCUGAUGGGAAGCUUAUCUAGGCCCUAAUAGUUGAGGCAUCUGUCAGAGGUGGAAGCAAAUACAUGCUGCACACGCAUGUUAUUCUCCUGAAGGAAAUCAGCCAGUGGAGAGGGAGAAGUUGAAGGAACUGAAAAAUGAGAAGAUAACUCACUGGUGGAGUAACAACUUGGAAUAGAUAGGAAGUGGGACCCAGGAAACAUUAGCAUUUUUCUCUGACUCAAAAGAAUAUGGAUAAAUAUUAGUUUAGAAGUAGAUUAAGGCAAAGAAAAAUAGAAGGAAUUCAUACUUAAUGUUUUCUAUUUUCUCUGUAAAGUUGGUGGCAGGGUUAUCAGUUUAGCAUAAGUCAGUUGGAUCUGGUGGAAUACUUGAGUUUAGAGUUGCCUCUGAAGGGACUGAGAGAAGGACUCAUUUAAGUAUUCUGAUUCUUUGGAGUCUCAUCUUUAAAAUGAGAAGUUUAAGUGCUGCUCUUGAGGUAUCUCAGUGUUGAUUUAGGCCAGUUGGGAGAGAAAAAGAAUAAUUGAAGGACAAAAAAAAGAAAAAAAGUAGGGACUAGGGUUGUGACUCAGUGGUAGAGUACUUGCCUAGCAUGUGUGAGGCACUGGGCAAUUCUCAGCACCAUAGAAUAAAUAAAGGUAAAAUUGAGACCAGAGCUACAUGUAGAGUCAAUAUUAUAAAAAUGCAUGGAAGUAAAGCAUUCUGAAGAAAAUCUAGAACCACAGAAUUUAUCAGCUGAAAUACAAUGUAUUGUUCAAACCAAGAGUAAGAGUGGAGAAGAAUUAUUUGUUUUCUCGUGCUAAAAUCAUGGAGGUAGAAGAACAUCAGCAGCCACGGAAGACCAGCUUUUACUCAGAAUUGCCAAAAGUGGAACUUCAUGCCCACUUGAAUGGAUCCAUUAGUUCUACUACCAUGAGGAAAUUAAUAGCCAAGAAGCCAAAUCUUAAAAUCCAUGAUCAAAUGACUAUGAUUGACAAGGGAAAGAAAAGAACUCUAGAAGAGUGUUUCCAGAUGUUUCAAAUUAUCCAUCAACUUACUACUAGCCCUGAAGAUAUUCUCAUGGUCACAAAAGAUGUCAUUAAAGAGUUUGCAGAUGAUGGUGUCAAGUACCUGGAACUGAGAAGCACACCUAGAAGAGAAAAUGAUACUGGAAUGACUAAAAAGACCUACGUGGAAUCCAUACUUGAGGGUAUAAAACAGUCCAAACAAGAAAAUUUAGACAUUGAUGUUAGAUACUUGAUGGCAAUUGACAGAAGAGGUGGCCCUUUAGUAGCCAAGGAGACUGUUAAACUUGCUGAAGAGUUCUUCCUUUCUACUGAGGAUACAGUUCUUGGCCUUGACCUCAGUGGAGACCCUACUAUAGGACAAGCAAAAGAUUUCUUGGAACCUCUUUUAGAAGCUAAAAAAACAGGUCUGAAGUUGGCAUUGCAUCUUUCAGAGAUUCCAAACCAAAAUAAAGAAACACAAAUGCUCCUGGAUCUGCUUCCUGACAGAAUUGGGCAUGGAACAUUUCUCAAUUCCUCUGAGGAAGGAUCCCUUGAUCUGGUGGACUUUGUGAGGCAACACCGGAUACCACUGGAACUGUGUUUGACCUCAAACAUCAAAAGUCAGACAGUUCCAUCUUAUGACCAGCAUCAUUUUGGAUUCUGGUACAGCAUUGCUCAUCCUUCUGUGAUCUGUACUGAUGAUAAGGGUGUUUUUGCAACAUACCUUUCUCAAGAGUACCAACUGGCUGCUGAAACAUUUAAUUUGACCCAGUCUCAGGUGUGGGAUCUGUCUUAUGAAUCCAUCAGCUACAUCUUUGCUUCUGACAGCACCAGAUCUGAAUUGAGAAAGAAGUGGAAUCAUCUGAAGCCCAGAGUGUUACACUUUUGAGCUGUAAAAAGAUGAACUACUUUUGGAGAUGGGGGGUGGGUGGGUUCUGGGGACCAAACCCAGGGCUUCAUGCAUGCCAGGCAAUCCUCUACCACUGAGCCAAAUCCUCAGCCGAAGGUGAACUACUUUUGUAUAUGUUUCAAACAAGAUCUUUCUGCUAUGUCCCACUUAGUAAAUUGUCUACCACUUCCUUUAAAGCAUAGCAAAUUUAUGGGCUUUAUCACCAGGACCUUACACAUGGCAAGUACUCAGUAAAUACAUCUUAAACUGACUAGUAGUGACUUGUCAUGGCUUCCUGGCUGCCAAGCCAUGGCUUCCUGGCUGCCAAGCCGCAACUAGCCAUUGGUCCCUGCCGAGAAGCAGCAGGGGAGCAGUGGAGUGGCAGAGCAGCAGCCCAGGCCAGAUGGAAUGCAGGAGGCAAGCAUUGGCCAUGGCUGCGCAGAGACUACCACACUGCCGUGGGCCUGAAGUGCAGAGGACCUGAACCAGGAUGGACCAGUGCCACAGGCAUGCCACUGACCUGUCAUCCCACCACAGCUUGACCCCCAACAGUGCAGACACCCACCCCAUGGGGCUCCACAGGGUUUCACAGGGUGUUGUUCCAGGACCUCUGCCCCUACUGAGCAUGUGCAAUUCGCUGACCUCAAACCUCCUGCUUCCCAAAAAGUGGGGAGAAAAUGGAAGCAAGGCAAACCUAAUGGAAUUCAGGGAUAACCAACAGUGUUAGUACUUUUCCAAAUCCUAAUUAGCAUAAUUUUGAACCAAUAACAAACAGUACUUUUUCAAACCCUAAUUAGCAUAAGUUUAGACCAAUAGUGUUGAACCAAGUGCUAUAUAAACCCCUAGACAAGCACACUCAGAUGAACUAGAACCUGCUAUCUGGUCCUCUUACACUGCAGCGUUCUGUUCCUAUUUUCUUCAGUAAAUCCUACUCUUAUACCCACUCAUCCUGGUCUGUGCAAUUCAUUCUUUGAACCAUAAGACAAGAAUCCAGAAACAAGAAGAAAUUGGUGGUGAGCUGCUGAGGUCUCCUUCAACACUGGAGGGCAUGGCCCAUCAUUAAGAGCUACAACACUUCUUGGCUGCCGAGACCUGUAUCCUUAUGCAGACUCACCAGCAGAAGCAGAGAAACUCCAGUCUCACCUGUCAGCAGAAGUAGGGAAUCGAGUUUCAUUUCAAAACUCUGCUGUUAGUAGGCCUUGAGGUCUUAAUGGCUUACCUCCAUGCUCCUUCUAAUAGGAAGGAACUAGAGUUUUUGCUAAGUAAAUUUCCAAUUCCACUAAGUGAUUUUUUUUUCCUCAUUAGCAGUUAUGGAACUUCAGGGAAAUCACAGUAAUUUCUCAUUAGGAAAAGUUUUGGAAAUACUAGCCUAAGGUAAGGAGAAAGGGGAAACACAUGAUCACCAAGAUCUUUAAGCAUCUAGCUUUUGACAGUAGCUCUAUUAUGUUGUGCUAACUUUAAUUAGACUCCCCUCAUUUGCUUUAACUCUCCUAAGUAUGAUCCCCCAAAACUGUUGAUACCAGGCCACACUGGACACCCUAGGUUUGUGUGAAUGCCCAAUAGUCAGGGUUCAUCCACUUUGGGGAUCCUAGUGACAAAGCUAGCUGCUGAAAUCUGAUUUUGCCCUUCUUAUGAUUGUCCUUGUCAAUACUUGAGAGGGAUUAAAGUCUUUGCUCCAAUGUAAGAGAGAAUAGUUGACUGAGGAGUGAGAAGUAAACUGCUGCAGCUUGUAUUUAAAUCAGUUUCUGUCACUUGAGCUUUUUCUUGUGCAAGUUGCCAGGAUUUCCACCUUACUACUCAACAUUUUCCUCAAUUCAAAAGUUAUUUUCAAUAGUGGUAAUGUUGUGGUUACUAGAAUUCUUUGGGUCUCCUAUGAUCCAUCCCCUACACAAUGGACACCUGCGCAGACUUACAUAAACUCACAUAUCAUGGCUCCUUUAGCUGAAGACAAGGGACAACUAAGAUCAAUUCUGAAUGGUAAGAUAAUUCAUUAGAUACCAAAGUAUGUUUGAAUUGCUUUGCUCGUUAGGUUGUACAUUUUCCCCUGGUAUGAGGAAAGAAAGGCUGAUGACAUCCCUAAUUUCAAUUACUAAGGGUUUCUAAUAAGCUUGCUUUCUUUUCGGGAAUAGGGUAGAGGGAAGACCUUAGGUUUUUGACAUUCUUAGAUGUAUUUGUAACCUUACCUAGCAUUAUAUUAUUCUUUACCCCCAUUCACUCAGAUAUUGCAUAGUUAAAAAAAUGAUUUAUCCAUAAAAUGUGAAUGUUUUAGUCUAUAAAAUGUUCUAAAACAAGACUUAAUGACAUGAAAGUAUACAUAAUAUAUUCAGUGAAACUGGCAUAGACAAUUUUGUAGUCCAUGUUUUGUUUAAUAUAUAUGUGUGUGUAUGUAUAUGUGUGUAUAUAGAUAGAUAGAUAGAUAACACUAGUGGGACAAAUGAUUUUAAUUUAUUAACUUUUUUGUGAAGUCGUUUUCACAAUAUAAAAGUCAUGCUAGCCUUAACUGGGGGUAGGAGCAUGAGGACAGCAUAAGUUUUCCUGUGUGAAGUUUCAAAAUUUAAAAUAUGUGGAUUGGCUGACAGAAUUUAUGAGAAUCUGCAGCUAUCAUCAAAUUGAAAAGUAUUGAAUGUUUUCCUCUAAAGAUUGUGAACAAAUAAAGGGUAUAUGCUCUCUCUAAUCACUGCUUUUCAGUUCUGAAGUAGAGAUCCUAGUUAGUGCAAUAGGAAAGAAAAAGAAAUAAAAGAGGGAAGAUUAGAAUGGAAAAAGGAAAGAUCUCUAUUAACAGAUAACAUGAUUAUUUACAUAGAAGAUUUCAAGGAAUCUACCAAGAACAAGUAGAACUUAAAAAUGAAUCAGCAAGGUCCCAGAGGAUAUGAGAUAAUUAUAUAAAAAUUAAAGGCUUAUAAAAAGGCUAUGGUAGAAAAUGUACAAAUGAGCCUGGAAUACCUUGUUGCAUCAAAAAAUAAGGUGCACACCUGUACCCUGUGACUCGAGGGGCUGAGGCAGGAGAAUCCCAAGUGCAAAGCCAGCCUCAGCAAAAGCAAGAUACUAAGCAACUCAAUGAGACCCUCUCUAAAUAAAAUACAAAAUAGGGCUGGGAAUGUGUCUCAGUGGUCAAGUGCCCCUGAGUUCAAUCCCGGGUACCCAAAAAUAAGUGCACAAAGGACAAAAGAACAUAAGUGUAAAUCUGAAGAAAUACUAGCGAAAUCUGGAACAAUUUGAGCAUCAAAAUAAAUGACAGUGAUAGGUUUUUAACUCCUUAAAGUAAGAAUCCAUGAGUUCAUACUAAUAAAAAUAAGGAGAAAAGGGAAUAUUUCCUUA